AUCGAGUUACCAAUUUCCCUUCUUGGCGUUCACAUCGAGCGGAGCGAAAACAAGCAACAAGUGACCCCACGACCCCACCAAGGAUCAGUUCACUAACAAACUCUUAAAUAUGAUGAAAUUCGUGCAAAUCAUACUGUGCUACGGCUUGUUGGUGGCUCUUCUGUUUGCCGUCAGCGACGCUCGGCCCUCAACAGGCGAAUCAGGACCAGAAUCUGACGGCAUGGACGGACAGGAGGCUGAGGACGUGCGAGGUGCCUAUGGCGGUGGCUACGAUAUGUCCGCACAGGCCAUCUACCCGAACAUACCCAUGGACCGGCUCCAGAUGCUCUAUGCCCAGUACAGACCCACCUACAGCGCCUACUUGAGGACCCCAACCUACGGCAACAUGAAUGAACUCUACCGGUUGCCGGAGAGCAAACGUCAAGUGAGGUACCGGCAGUGCUACUUCAAUCCCAUCUCCUGCUUUAGGAAGUAAAGCAUCCCUGCCCCAGCCAGUGAAAUGAGAAUGUCCGAAACCCAAUACCCUUGGAUAAACUAACAUUUCAAGCAUUUCCACCAAACCAAUAAAUCUAGCAUAAUGGAUCACAAGAGUUUAACCCACAAAAUAAUUAGUGCAAUUACCAUAAAGCUAAGACUCAACCUGUAUCCGUAAUAAUACAACUUUAAAAAAUAUAUCCGCUACUUAAAUAUUCUAAAAAAAACAUAAAAAAUGCUUCAUUGCAGUUUUAACGAAUACACCUUUGCAUUAAAUUAUAUAAUUAAAAUAUGUAUAGUUACUUUACUUUCUUGAUUUUCGCUUGGCAUAUGGUGUGGUAAAAUAAAAUGCAAGGACCUCAUUGCAAGGAUCCUUGCAUGCAUACAUAAUAUAUAAUAUUAUUAUAUUGAAUACCGAUUUUCUUGUGUAAAUUUUAGUGUCUCAACCCUUGUAUAAAAAACGUUUGAUGGCCAAAAAAAAAAAGCAUGUAAUGACAUACAUAAAGUUAUUAACUGUAGAGUAUUUAAAUAAUAUUUAAAUUAAUAUAUGUACGUAUAAAAUAAAUGCGCCCAAAAUAUAUUGAAGAAGAAUGUUACCUCAGUAA